CUCUCUCUGCCUGCCCACACCACACAGCCAGACCUCCUUGUCCAGUGAGCUUCGUUCCAUUUCAUUUUGCUCGGAAUUUCCAGGGAUUCGGGCACACUUUUGUAGUUGGUUCGAGUGACUCAACAAAGAUUUGUCCCGAAAUGUUGCGACAACGCUCGCCCGUCCCUGUUUCGGUCACUUUUCGCCGUCAAUGGUGGAAAGAAGAAAAGUGGAAUUGCACCGUCAACCAACUGCAAUAUCCUCCUGAACCUUGCUCACUCAUCUCUUUCUUUACCCUCUCUGUUUACCAUUUCCAUCGCUACUAACGGCAAUGGACGAGACCAACUCCGAGGUAGUCUCCCUCGAGAGCUUCCUCGUCCGCGCAGCGAGCUUUUGUCUGUACUUUCUGACUGAACGAAAGGCAAUUCAUCAGGCAAGGUAAGGGCUUUUCCUUUCUCCCAGUACCCCGUGAAAGAGGAGCAGUUCCCCAGACAAGCAGGAGACGAAUAGAGAUUAAGCUGACAAUUCUUGUGAUCAAUGCUGGGUGGGUAUCUUGAAAGGCUAGUUCUCCUUUUUACCUGGAAUUCUCGCGUUGACGGUUCUCUCAUUUCCUUUCUUCUAGCGCUUGACUUGGGAUGCAACUAGUUGGGAGCAGGUUUUGGCUUGCCCCUUUCCACUUAUUAGGUUGAUAGGAUCCGUUGGUAUUGAUUGAGUUUGAGAGACUCUCACUGACUGAAUCCAUCCAUAAGCUUAAAACGUCCAACGCUGACCCCUCUCAAGACUCAACACCCAAGAUCAGAUUCUUUGUUCUUUAGCAGCGAAAACAUGAACCGCGUCAAUUUGGCCAUCAUCUGUUCGAUCUUUAACCGAGCAAGCAGAUCAAAUUUGCUUCAUACCCUGAAAAAUCCAGCCUUUCCCCUGAUUUCUCCUAGAGCCACCGAACCCCAUUUCUUUUUCCUCUCCCAACUUGCGCUUCUCUGUCUCUGCAAUCCUCACUAAGGAAGACGAGGCCACUACGGAUGAUAAAGAAGAGAGACCCCCUUUCAAUUUCCAGGCCUACAUGCUCGAGAAGGUGAAUUGUGUGAACACAGCGCUCGAUGCCUCGGUCUUGCUCUGGCCGCCGCUGAAGAUUCACUAGGCCAUGAGGUAUUCGUUGCUCGCCGGCGGAAAGAGGGUGUGCACGGUUCUGUGCCUAGUGGCAUGUGAGCUCGUGGGAGGGCAGGAAUCAAUGGCCAUGCCCUCGGCUUGCGCUGUCCAGAUGAUCCACGCCAUGUCUUUGAUUCAUGAUGACCUUCCUUGUAUGGACAAUGACGACUUGCGCCGUGGAAAGCCCACUAACCACAAGGUUUUUGGUGAGGAUGUUGCUGUUUUGGCUGGAGACGCCCUAGUGGUAUACACAUUUGAGCAUAUUGUGGUAGAAACGAAGGGGGUUCCAUCCACGAGGAUAGUUAGAGCGAUCUUUGAAUUGGCAAGGUCGAUUGGAGCAGAAGGCGUAGUUGCUGGCCAAGUGGUGGAUAUAAGUUCUGAAGGAAUGGCUGACUUAGGAUUGGAGCAGCUUGAGUUUAUUCACCUCCACAAAACUGCUGCAUUGCUUGAAGCAUCUGCUGUUCUUGGGGCAAUUAUGGGAGGCGGGUCUAACGAAGAAGUUGAAAAGUUGCGGAAUUUCGCAAGGUGUAUUGGGUUGUUAUAUCAGGUGGUGGAUGACAUUCUGGAUGUGACCAAGUCUUCUCAAGAACUGGGUAAAACGGCCGGCAAGGAUUUGGUGGCCGACAAACUUACCUACCCAAAGCUAAUGGGGGUUGAAAGAUCUAGGGAGUUUGCCGAGAAACUGAACAAGGACGCUCAAGAACAGCUAUCCGGAUUUGAUAUAGCAAAGGCAGCUCCGUUGAUAGCUUUGGCAGAUUACAUAGCUAAAAAGCAGAAGUAAUUGUUCCAUAAAGGGAGAAUUAAUUGUUCAAGGAUGUUUUGGGUUAUCAUUUACAGUAGAUCUUGCUGGGAAAUCAUGAAUUUAGAGGACAUGAAGAUACUGGGUGGUAAGUUCAUCUCAAGGGUCCAGUAAACGUUUCUUAAUGUCGCUUGUUGGCUUUUUACUAGUCUUCAACAAACCAAAACCCUUGAUUUUUUUUGGAGAAAGUGACACAAAGUAAACUCUCAACACUAUCAAUGUUGUACCUCGUAAAUCCUCUUUUACAGAUGCUUAUUUACUCAGUGACUUUGAACCUUUGGUGAUUACAAUGUAAAUAGUACAUACUGUUUCUGAUAGCAUGUUAGUAGGGCUUACUUCUCAUAACGAUUGGAAUUUGGAGUUAAUCAAUUUGGGUUAUGGGCAUAAAUCUAUUUGAUCAAUAAGAGAACUGCGGUUGAUGAUUGGAA